GCGCUGGCGGCUUUUGCGGCUCUCCGGGUGGAGGCCCUGCAGCCCACGUCGAUUACCUACAGCGCGGCCAUCAGUGCUUGCGAGGCUGGCAAAGAGUGGGCAUGGGCGCUGGUGCUUUUGCACGAGUUCCAGUUUGCCGGCCUGGAGCUCACCUUGCGGCCCUUCCGAGCCGCCCUGAGCGCCUGU